GAACCCAGGACAGGUGGUCUGUGAAGGGCAUGUUUGGUCUCAAAAUGCAAUUGAAGAGACGCAGGGUGCCCUCAGUACGGCCUGGGGAUCACAAAGCCUUCAAUAGGCUGCUAGAGGACCCUGUUGUCCAGAGCUUCUUGGCCUGGGACAGAAAACUUCGGGUGUCAGACAAGUACCUCCUGGCAAUGAUCAUAGCCUAUUUUGCCCGGGCUGGUCGACCUCCCUGGCAAUACCAGCGUCUCCAUUUCUUCCUGGCUCUCUACCUGGCCAAUGACAUGGAGGAAGAUCGCCAAGGGCCAAAGCAUGGCAUGUUUGCCUUCCUUUUUGGGCAGGACAGCACCCAGCGUGCCAAGUUCCAGUGGCUUCGGGCCCAGCUCUUCCAGGCCAUUGGUUGGAAGGCUUGGGUCACCCGAGAGGAGUGUGAGGAGAUUCAGGCAUAUCAACCUGAACACUGGGUAUGGAAACGUGACCGGGCCCUCCUUCAGUAG